GUUAACGAUCUCCGAGCCACGACCCAGUAUUAAACCCAAAUGGGUUACUGACAAUACGUAACAAAAUUAACAGAUUGUAAUGUUUUUAAUAAUAAUACACCUACUAUUUACGCUAUUUACUUUAACGCACUCAAUUUCCGACCAUCCAAUUUUAAUUGUCGUCUCCUUCGACGCGUUCAGGUACGAUUACUUCGCGAAAAAGGUGACACCCAAUCUUCUGAGGCUGAGAGAGAGAGGCUCCUAUGCCGACUACAUAAACAACGUCUUUCCGACGAAAACGUUCACAAACCACCAUACGAUCGCAACGGGUCUGUACGCAGAAAACCACGGGGUUCUCGGGAACAGUUACUACGACAAGAUCAAGCAGAUUUCCUUCAAAAUCGGCUACGAGCUGUUUCACUACGAUGAAACCAUAAUCCCGAUUUGGCGACUAAACGAGAUGUCGGGUCACGGUCGGUUCUCGGGUAGUAUGAUGUGGCCAGGUGCUGCCUUUGAGUAUCAAGGCAAAUUGCCAACUCAUCUACAGAAAUUUGACCCAGAAUGGAAUUGGUACAAACGAGUCGAUACUGUCCUGAGUUGGAUUGAGGAUCCAACUAAGCCGGCCAAUUUGGUUAUGCUAUACUUCGAGGAACCGGACACCCACGGUCACGCGUUCGGGCCGAAAUCGAAGGAGGUCGUGGAAAUGCUGCAGAGGUUGGACAACGUCAGCUAUUACCUACACGAGCAGCUGAAGCGAAAGGGUCUCACGGAUAAGGUGAAUGUGAUCCACCUGAGCGACCACGGCAUGACCACGGUCACGCCGGCGAAUUUCAUCGACUUUACCAAGUACUUAAAGCCGAAUACGUACGAAAUUGCGUGCACCUCGCCGGCGCUGCAUGUUAUUCCCAAACAGGGUAUGGAAGAAGAAAUCUACGCGCUUCUCAAGAACGCAUCCCAAGAUCUUGGUCAUUUUACCGUCUACAAAAAGGACGCGAUCCCAUCGCGCUGGCGGUUCAAAAACAACCCGCGCGUGCCCCCGAUCUACGUGGUCGCGGACGAGGGGUACGCAUUUCAGGACAUGUUCGAGUCGGUGAAGUAUUUCUCCGGCAGGUACGGAUUUCAAGUUCGGAACGAUUCCGAAUUCGGCAUUCACGGUUACGACAAUCAGCUGCCCAGCAUGCGCCCGUUCUUUUUGGCCGUCGGUCCUCAAAUUAAGUCCAACCACAAGGUCGCCCCUUUCAACACCGUUGACUUGUUCACGCUCUUCUGCGCGAUUUUAAAUAUCAAAUCGACGAGGCACGACGGCAUUUACAGCAAUAUCGAGAGCGUCCUCGUCGGGUACCACGCGAGCAUGCUACCCAUUGUCGUCAUUAUUGUUGGCGGCGUGACCCUCGCUCUGCUUCUGAUCGUGUGCGCCGCCGUCGCGACGCUCUUAAUCAUAAAGCGUCAGCAGAACAUCACGACGGCCGCCGCUUUGAACAAGCGCUUUCCGCAAAAUUUCAGCCACUCGACGAUCGAGGCCCAACACUUACUCGAACCCGAAGAUGCUUAAUUGAGCGCGCGCGCGCACAUUUCGUUACCGGAUCUGUGAUUUUUGUAUUAUUAAUCUUAAUUAGUUGAAGACUCCGCCCUCCCUAAGAAUUAAGAAUCGCUCAGUAUAAAACAUUCCGUCUUUGAAUUUUGCUUUAGUAAAUUGUGACAAUAACUUUUGUCGAUCUCGAUUCGUAGAGAUAGUCGGUGUAGCAUUCAAAAUUGUAGACGUACUUUCAUGCGCAUGGAAGGGCUUUGAUUGUAGCUAAAAUCUCAUAUUUUAUCUUUUGAUGUUGAAUAGUAAUAAUUGUUAUUGAUGAUAGUGUUUUAUAUUUAUUUUGUUGUAAAUUAACUUUGUCAAUUUUCAAAUGUACUACUUAUGUAUUAUUAUUGUUACCUCAAUAAAUCUUAUACCUCUUGAAA